CGAACAUGGAACAGCAAAACACCAAUUUUGAAAACUCGUAUUUACCCAAUAAAGAAAAGUGGUUGAAGACCCUUGACCUUUCUCAUUUGACAGAAACCACAAAGAAACCCCCUAUACAAGAAAUUGAACUCAAUCAUAGUACAUAAAUAACCUUGGAACCAAACACCCUACUACAUUCACAGGGUCGAAACUUCACUAUGCCAAUAUUCUCAUCCAAACACCACUUUACCGCCGUCCCAACCGUCCUCCUCUUCUUCCUCGUCGCCGUCGAAAAUUCACCAUCGAUCACAGUUUUAGCCGGAAACAACCACGUCAUCAAUUUCCGAUCACCGAACCUCUACCCUGAAGGCCUCGCGUGGGACCCAACAGGGCAGCACUUUCUUGUCGGAUCCCUCCGCCGCCGCACCAUCUCUGCAGUCUCAGACGCCGGCGUCGUCGAAACCCUAAUCUCCGACCCCUCCCUCCCCGAAAACGUCACCGUUUUGGGCCUUGCCGUUGAUUCCCGCAACAACCGCGUCCUCGCCGUGCUCCACGCCAUGAAACCCCUCCCACCCUUCAACGCCCUCGCCGCCUACGACCUCCGCUCCGGCCACCGCCUCUUCCUCUCCCUUCUCCCCUCUUCCGAUGACGACGCCAUCGCAAACGACGUCGCAGUGGACUUCAAGGGAAACGCUUACGUCACCAACUCCUUCAACAACUACAUCUGGAAGGUCAACGAUAGAGGGGAAGCUUCGAUCUUCUCGAAUUCGCCGAGGUUCACAGAACAUCCCGUGCUCCCCGACACACCGUAUAGUUACUGCGGCCUAAACGGCAUCGUUUACGUCAGCAACGGUUACCUCCUGGUGGUGCAAUACAAUACGGGGAAGAUGUUCAAGGUUGAUGCGGACGACGGUACGGCCAGGCACGUGCUUCUGAACGAGGAUCUGAUGUCGGCUGACGGCGCCGUUAUGAGGAGUGACGGCGUCGUUUUGGUGGUGUCGCCUGUGAACAACAAGGUGUGGUUCCUCAAGAGCAAUGAUGGGUGGGGCCAGGGUGUGGUAUUUGACAAAAUUGACCUCGACGUGGAGGGGUUCCCAACUUCGGUUGUUGUGGGGGAGAGUGAUAGGACCUAUGUGUUGUACGGGCGAAUGGAUGAGGGUAUUUCGGGAAAUUCAGAGAGGGAUAGUUUUAGAAUUGAGGAGGUGAAGUCCCCAAAGGAGAGUGAGGAUGAGAAUGUUUGGAUGUAUGUGAUGAUUGGAGUGGGCUUAGCUUAUUUCUUGUAUUGGAGGUUUCAAAUGGGUCAGCUUGUCAAGAACAUGGAUAAGAAGAUCAAUUGAUUCUUUGCACUUUAAAGUUUUUUUUUUUUUUUUUAAGGGUUUAAUAUUUUUCAUGAAAUAAAUUAUCUUCAUGUAUAUUUAAAAUUGGGUCCAUAUAAGAAGAAGAAAGAGAAAACAUAGAUUUCAUA